GCGAAUUCACGCAGUGUUGAAUUUAUACCUUCGUAAAUAAUUGAAAGAACGCCUUAGUGUUCUUAUGUCCAUCGUUUUAAAAGAAAAUACUACGACAAUUUACUGAACAAUUAGCGAAAAAGAAUGGAAACAUUACGAAACAACUAUAUAGUCAUUUUAUUGGCAGCCGUUUGCUUUGCGCGGGAGCCUGAAUGUUCGCGGUUUCAUUACGAGGAAAAGUUGUUAGAAAAAGCGAUCAGAUCGGAAAUAAGAAUGGAAGCGUAUGGCGAUUCGUUGAAGGAAGCAACUAGUUCAAUGGAUGUACAAAUGCAAAAGAUUUCAGAACUAACAAAUGCAGUGCAAAAGCAACAUGAAGAAAUUGAAUCACUGAAGACCGGGGAAGUAAAGAGCAGCGGCGUAUACACAAGGUGGGGUCGGCGGUCAUGCCCUGGAACCACGGAGCUGGUGUACGAAGGGUUUGCUGGCGGCGGAGAGUACGGGCACAAAGGUGCGAGCAGUAAUUACAUUUGUCUGCCGCAGGACCCCAUCUUUGACGACGAUGGACGAAAAGCGGGUGACGUAAGCAAGGUUUACGGUGCUGAGUAUCAAACUGAUUCUGCAACGUUUCUUGCGAGUUUACAUGACGAAGACGUUCCAUGUGCCGUCUGCCGCGUUGUUGGAAGAAGCAUUAUCAUGAUCCCGGCGAGGAAUGCCUGUUAUAGCGGAUGGCAUACCGAGUAUUCUGGCUACUUGAUGUCGUCUUUUUACGGCCAUGAAGGGAACAAAGAAGUCGUUUGCAUGGACGGAAACCCUGAAAAGGCGGAAGGAAGUGAUAGUGGAAACCAGAAUGGUGCGCUGUUUUUCGUUGCUCAAGCUGUUUGUAGCUCGUUAAAAUGUCCUCCAUAUCGCGAGAACAAGGCGUUAACCUGCGUGGUGUGUUCUAAGUAGACAUUUCCGAACGGAGAAUUUAACACUCAACAUUUGAAACUAUUUGAAUGUGUGUGAUCAUUAAGUUAAUUAAAGCACCAUUAUUUUGGUUCUGUUACAGGAUUGUAUACACAAUUGUUCGUUUCAUUUGUUUCCCAAAGUAUUUUUGAAUAAAGAGUUGUUAUUUUGUCA